CCCCCGGCGGCUGCGGCCCGCGGAGGCGGCGCUGACCCGGCGGAGCGGAGCGGCCCCCGGCCAUGGGCAGCGUCGGGCCCCGCCCGCACCGAGGCCACCGGCAGAUGUGCUAAUGUCUGCUCCUUGCAAAGACCUGACCCACCUGAGGUUGGCAGAUGCACAGAUGUGACCGUGAAUCACCAGUAAAAGGGCCAUGUCCCCACAGCCAGACACCCCAGUCCUCACAACGUUCAGGAGUCAUACCACUGCGUGCAGGAACAUUGGUGAGUAGAUCUGCACCUCCCAGCCCUCCUCAGUCCCUGUUCCUGCACAUAUCUCUUCUUGUUUUCGGUAGAAUGAGUGAGAGAGAUAUACAGAGCCUGAGCAAAUGGGUUUUCGUGCUCAGUCUCUGCCUUACCACGCUGUGGGGACGACUGACGCUGGCCUCCACGCAUCAUCACAGAAGCCAUUCAGUGCACGUAGAGCCAGGCACAUGCGAAGUCAUCGCAGCUCACCGGUGCUGCAAUAAGAACAAGAUCGAGGAGCGCUCCCAGACGGUGAAAUGCUCCUGUUUCCCAGGACAGGUGGCAGGGACAACACGAGCGGCUCCCUCCUGCGUGGACGCCUCCAUCGUGCUGCAGAAGUGGUGGUGCCAGAUGGAGCCGUGUCUCGACGGGGAGGAAUGCAAAGUGCUGCCUGACCUCUCGGGAUGGAGCUGCAGCAGUGGCAACAAAGUGAAGACGACCAAGGUCACUCGAUAGCCUCCGUGCAGCGUGGCACUGGCUGAGCAGCCUUGCUGUGGGUCCUGGUGCUCCCGUGAGCAGCAGGAUGUGGCGCAGUGCCUGCAGAGGUGGGAUGCUCCAGGGCCACCACGCUGCACCCGUCAGUAGGACUGUGACAGCUGCUGGAUCAAAGCAUCUGCUGCACCCCAGCUUCCCUGGAGGCUGCAGGCAGGGAUCCCAGUGCAGCUGCCAGAAUCCCAUCACUCCACAGUUUCCUCCUUUUCUGUGGACACAUUCACCAACCAAGAAAUGGGCUUGUUUUCUAAUCCUCCUAAAUAAAAUACUCCCACUGUAUAAGGGUUGACAAUGCAGAGACUGACAGGCAGCAGGCCUCCAAAAUGGGCUUUAAUCUGAAUAGCUGAAAUCCUUGCUGUGAGUCGCCUUUCCCUAUCUCCCAAGAUGCUGAAUACAAGUUGCAGUCAGGAACUCUGCCCUCGGAGUCUGAGCUUUCCCUGCCCCACCACCUUCCUGCUAUGACCACAUGCAGCAGAUGUGACAGCGUAGUCAGAGGGUUGCCUGACACCCUGUUGACUCCCAGGGAUGGUGAGACGUCUCCAUGGUGCAUGCUGCUGGUUUCUCCUUUCUCAGUAAUUGCAUUAAUCAGGUUGCAAUUUUAAUGUUUUCCACUGUGCAGAUCCCAGGCACUAAGUUUCUGCUUGUUUUUGCAAUUGAAUUUCAGACUUGUGUGAGGCGAUCUCUCUGUCUGCAGCUUUGGGGUGUCUGGGGCAUCAGACAGAGCCUCAGACCAAGCUAGAUUUUGUUGUAAUAAUCCAAAAUAAAGAAAAAUGUACCACCUCCUGGCCCUGAGCUCAUGACCUUCUCCAGGACACACCAUUUCCUGUGGUGCAGCCACUCAGGAUGGGGGAGAAUGAGCUCUGUGCCCCCGAUGUCAGAGUGCUUGGGACCCUGGGGCUGUGGGACCAACACCUCCAGCCCUGCUCUGGGACUGCUCUGGAGCACUGCAGGGGAUGUGCUGGUGCAGGAGGGGCUGGAGAUGGUGUCAGGACCAUGGCAGUGAGGGGGUCACUGGUGUUUGCUGACACCUGCCUCUUGCCCUGGCUCCCAGCACAGGACUCAUUACUGAGACGUUUUUGUAAUGGGGUAUGUAAUACCUUCUCCAGAUGUGAUGUAAAUACCAGACUGUGAAAUAAUAAAUUCAUUUUAAUCUCUGCAAAA